AUGAUCUACUCUUUGAAUAAACAAAAGAGAUGGGAAGUUGGUCGGAUGAUUGAUCAGAAAUUCAUGGAACUUUUACAAGAAUUGAAUGAAAAUUUGGAUUUGAUGUUUUUCCAAAGAAUAUCAGUUCAUCCAUGGAUUGAUAAUUGGAAAUGGUUCCCUCCACACUAUUACACUGCAAUGACUAGCUCAAAGAUUAGAGAGCAGUUUGAAAUUUCAAAAGAUGGAGAGUAUAACGAAAAAUCGUUUGGAGGAGUUGGGAGAUAUGUGAGUUUAUUGAUUUAG